UGGCCGCGGUGCUGAAACGCAUUUCGCAGAGCUGGCCGGGCGGGGCCUGAGAGGGGGAGAGGGAGCGACGGGCAGGGCGGCGUCGCAGGCCCAGACCCUGGCCGACUCAGAGGAGGCGGCAGACUCAGAGCUCAUCCUGGUCUGGGCGGACACGGGCAUCUGGGGAGGGUCUCUUGCAAAGCCAGGGUUGACCCUGGCCUGCUGCACUCCCAGCUAGCUGGGGGGAUGCUCACAUUGCGCCCUGACCUCAGGCUGCUCUUAACACCAGGCUGAGGACUGACCCACGACCGGGCCUUCUGCUCCCUAGAGCUGUAGACUUGCACCCAGCCAGUGCCCCCGUGCUAGCCCAGCGGCCUUCGCCAUGGUGAAGUUGCUGCCAGCCCAGGAGGCCGCCAAGAUCUACCACACCAACUAUGUGCGAAACUCGCGCGCCGUGGGGGUGAUGUGGGGCACUCUCACCAUCUGUUUCUCGGUGCUGGUCAUGGCCCUCUUUAUCCAGCCCUACUGGAUAGGCGACAGUGUGAGCACGCCACAGGCUGGCUACUUUGGCCUGUUCUCGUACUGUGUGGGCAACGUGCUGUCGUCGGAACUCAUCUGCAAGGGGGGCCCUCUGGACUUCUCCUCUAUCCCCUCCAGAGCUUUCAAGACUGCCAUGUUCUUCGUGGCCUUGGCCAUGUUCCUCAUCAUCGGCUCCAUCAUCUGCUUCAGCCUGUUCUUCGUCUGUAACACAGCCACAGUCUACAAGAUUUGUGCCUGGAUGCAGCUGGCUGCCGCAACAGGCCUAAUGAUCGGAUGUCUGGUCUACCCAGAUGGUUGGGACUCCAGUGAGGUGCGGCGCAUGUGUGGUGAGCAGACGGGCAAGUACACACUGGGCCACUGCACCAUCCGCUGGGCCUUCAUGUUGGCCAUCCUUAGCAUUGGAGAUGCGCUCAUCCUCUCCUUCCUGGCUUUCGUGUUGGGCUACCGGCAGGACAAGCUCCUUCCUGAUGACUACAAGGCAGAUGGGAACGAGGAAGUCUGAAGCAACUGAGGUGCUGGUGAGCGACUCUUCUGGCAGGCCAUUACUUCUCUGGCAAGGAAAAAUUAGGACUUGGAUCCUUCAGAGAUGAAAACUCUCCCUCCGGCUUCCUGUCCUUAGCUCCUCCAGGCCUGGGGCAGAGGCUCAGCACAGGGCAGGUCUCGGUCUCCGCUGCCCACAGACAACUGUCUGCAGCAGUGCAGUGACCCACCCAAGGACACCCAGGGGCUGUGUGGCAGGAGACCCGGGUUUCCUUCCUGGCUAAGGAUCCCACCAGCAAGCCACUUCACUCUCUGGCGGCCUCUGUGGUGUACAUUAGCUUUGUGAGUUCAUGUUUUGACACCCGGGAGGGGAACCUUAUGGCUUUGGCCAAUGGUGAAGAAAUGGCUGGAGGCUUGGGUUCAGCAGAGCCCUUCUGCUCCUUCCCCGUAUUCAAACUGCGGCUCAGAGAUGGGCGAGGAACAUAGACCACUCACAGGAUCCAGAAAUUCCUAAGCUCAAUUAGACGUCUCAUGGGAACCACAGCGCUCCAGUUGGAGCGGGCUCCUAGCUUCAGAAAUCUGCCAUUCACAUGAAAGUGAAUGGUCACAGGAUUAUGUGGCACUUUCUGUGAGGGACUUGGGAUUUGACAUCUCAGGUGCGUGGCUGUCUGCUGGCCUCAGUUUAGGUGAUAGUUUGCUGCAGCACUGCUUCCUGCAGGGGGAACCUGUCAAGGACGCUGACUAACAGCAUCUGUGCUUCCUCCACUCAAGGGGGCUGACCUCUCAGGGUGAAGGGGGUACGUCACCUCUUGACCAUGCGCCCAGGGUGCUGUUGCCUUGUUGAAUGGCUGGUGACAGAGUGCUGGGAAGGCAGCUCAGUGUGGACGGCCCUUGAUCUGCAUGUGUGCACCGCCAUCCUCAGCACUGGAGGGAAAGAUGGCAGACAAACUACUAGGCUGGGAUUUGCUCUCGUCACUGCUUCAUAGCAGCUGGUUUACGGGAAUGAUCACGCCCAUAUGUCAACGCCAGGCAAGCUUCAUGAGUGACAGUUUGGUACCCAGGCAGCGCAGCACCCUCUCUCCCUCCCUGUGUGUGCCACUCAUGGUGGACCCCUAGGAGGUCAGAAGUUUCCAGAAACCACUCAGCUCUCAAGUUCUUCGCAAUGAUGAAUCCAAAGAAGAUUCCCAGUGUGUGGCACACCUGCCUGCAGCCUACACUGUGCCUUGAGGCAGGACAGUGAAUUUCACCCAAACCAAUGGUCAGGUUAAGAGAGACCUGCAAGUCGGCUAAUCCGAGAAUCGCCUUCUUGCUCUACCUUAACGGAAACAGAACUCAACCUUCCCACUGACAAUGACUGUGGUUCUUACAGCUCUUCCUAAGUAGCUUCACCUUUAAUUCUCAACGCCUCUAAUAUCAUAAAUAAUAAAAUCAGUGAAACCAA